CUAUUAAUUUUUAUUCAUUUUGACAUCUCUAGUACUGUGUAUCUGUAUUUUAUCGUCAUGGGUUUAUUUCUGUCGGUUGGAACUGUAAUUUAAGUUUGGGGUUUGUACUUCUGUUAAUGCCUUAAAAUGGGUUGACUAAAAGAAAAGAAGAAUGGAAAUUUUCAGUAUUUAUUUUUUCCAGGUUGUUGGUUUUUCGGGGAGAUGGAUUUGAUGGAGAAGAAGUUGGAGUUAGUGGAGCUUCACAAACUUGAAGGCCACACCGAUAGGGUUUGGAACGUUUCCUGGAACCCCGUCGACUCUACCAUUCUUGCUUCUUGCAGUGGCGAUAACACUGUACGCAUCUGGGAACAGAGCUCUCUCUCUCACUCCUGGUCUUGCAAGACAGUUUUGGAAGAAACCCACACUAGAACUGUGAGGUCGUGUGCUUGGUCUCCCUCUGGAAAGUUAUUGGCCACUGCAAGUUUUGAUGGUACCACUGCCAUUUGGCAGAAUCUUGGGGAUGAGUUUGAGUGUAUUUCCACAUUGGAGGAGCAUGAAAACGAAGUCAAGAGUGUAUCAUGGAAUGCAGCUGGUUCAUACCUUGCAACAUGUAGUAGAGACAAGUCCGUGUGGAUUUGGGAAGUGCUAGGAGGAGGGAAUGAAUAUGACUGUGCUGCCGUGUUAAAUGGACAUACACAAGAUGUGAAGAUGGUUCAGUGGCAUCCCACUAUGGAUGUUUUAUUUUCUUGCAGUUAUGAUAACACCAUCAAGGUUUGGUGGUCUGAAGAUGAUGAUGGUGAUUAUCAAUGUGUCCAAACCUUAGAUGAAUCCAACAACGGUCACUCAUCUACUGUUUGGGCCAUUUCGUUUAAUGCUGCAGGGGACAAGAUGGUCACUUGUAGUGACGAUCUAACCUUGAAGAUAUGGGAGACAGAUAUUGCCAUGAUGCACUCUGGUGAAGGAUAUGCAUCUUGGACUCAUCUUUGUACAUAUUCAGCUCACUGGUCAAGGGACAACAUUAUUGCGAGUGGAGCAGGCGAUGAUGCUAUACGAUUGUUUGUGGACAGCAACAAUGACUCUGAGGAGAACCGGUUACUUGCCUCAGCCAGUGAUGAUGGGAUGGUCAAGAUUUGGCAGCUUGCAACUAAACCGUGACUGGUUUUUUGUUCCGGUUAGGUUUGAAACUCCUUUGGUGUAACUUUGUUAUAACCUUGAGAGCUUGUCAUUCCUUAUCUUGUUUAAAACUUUGUUAUAUGUUUUGUUAAAUUUGCUAUGUUUUAUUCUUGAAUAGUUUCCUUAGACUUGAAGUUUGCAUCAUCACAGCCCUGUCACAUGUUUAGUUUAACAUAUAUAGUUUCUUUUGAUUAGAAUUUACAUAUAAUCGAUAUUUAUGUUUGGUUCC